UACCAUUUUAUCCUAUUUCAUUUAUAAACCCUGCACAUCCUUUUCUUUUUCUUUCUUUUACAAUUCAGUCUACAGAAGAAAUAAAAUCGAGUCACUGCAAAAACAAGCAAAGAUUGAGAGAGAUUGUUGAUCAACUAAAUGCUGCAAAUGGAAAACAUGGAUAUGAAGCCCCGAGAUGAGAUCGUUCAUGAAGCCUACCGAGGUCUUCUUGAUUGUGUGGGUGAAAAAAAGAAGGUAGCCAACAAAUUUUCACCAUUUAUAUACAUGGCUCCUAGUACCCUCCGAAAUCUCAGCACAAGUUCUUUCAUGCCACGAGUUGUCUCUAUUGGACCACUACACAGAAAAGAUGAAAAUCUGCAACAAUUUGAAGUGCGCAAAGCUGCUUUUGUGCAUGAUCUAUUGUCUCGUUCAGGACCCCCAUUAACACAAACACUAACUGCAUGCGUGCUGAAGGUGGCAUCUAUAAUAGAGAUAAUCAGGGGAUGUUAUGCCGACUCAAAGUCUUAUAAUGACAUCGAACUUGCUAAAAUGAUGGUUAUGGAUGCGUGUUUCAUACUUGAAUUUAUUCACGAUAUUAAAAUGAAGAAAUUUUCAGGUACCAACUUAAGGUUGCAGGACCAGUAUAUACCUUAUGACCUGGUUCUGCUAGAAAAUCAAAUCCCCUUUUUUGUUCUUGAAGGCAUAUAUGGGUGCAUUAUUUAUAAAUUUGAAGAGCGUCUACCUCUUACUGAUUUUAUCCAGCCACUUCUGAAAUAUGCUAACCUCUUUCAAAGAAAGAUAAAAGUAGGCGAUAGAAGCUCAUAUACCAAUCAUGAUCAUAUUCUUGGCUACUUACAUCACUGUUACCAGCCUAGGAAUGAAAUUUCAUCAGGUUUUCCAAGUUCAACAAUCCACUCGGUUAUAGAACUUGACAGGGCAGGAGUAAUCUUUAAGCCAAACCACGAUGCGGAAUGGCCAUUGGCCAUGGAAGUAAAAAUGUCUAGGUAUUGUUCAAGCCUUUUAUGGAUUUUGAACAAGCCUACACUCACAAUGUCGACAUUGUGUAUUGAUGAUUUUACAGAGUUGGUUUUAAGGAAUCUCAUUGCAUACGAGCAAUCAUAUGUAGUUGAUCCAUAUGUCACGUCAUAUGCCAGAGCGAUGGAUAUGCUUAUUGAUACUCAUGAGGACAUUGCCAAGUUGGUGACGUCAAAAGUUAUCGUCAAUCAUAUAGGUUCAAAUGAAGAGGCUGCAAAUAUGAUAAACAAGAUAUGCAAGGAACUUGCCCCUGAACAUUUCUAUUACACUGAACAAUGGGAACAGCUAGAUAGCCAUUUCAAAGGUUACUGGCCCAGAAAGAUUGUGAAGUUAAAGCGUACUUAUUUCAAUAGUCCAUGGAGUAUCAUUGCGCUAUUUGCUGGAAUCGUCCUUUUUGUUCUUGCUAUGCUUCAAACCAUCUUUACCAUCAUGUCUUCCUGAAGCAAAUAACAAAAAUCUGAAUGUAAACCAGAGCAGAGUUUAAUUGGUUCAAUCAUGGAAGAAGUGGUUUCAUUUAUUGUAAUCUCAACAACUAGUUCGUUCAGUUUAGAAAUUCAUGGAGGAAGUGGUUCAUCAAUUUCUCCCACUAUCUAAUUUUACCUUGUUUGUUUGUAUGAAUUAGCAGGACUUUCAUUUUAAUUGUAACUUUUGCUUUCAUUGUAUUGUAAUCUCAACAACUAGUUCGUUCAAUUUAGAAAUUUA